AUGGAGUUAAGCCUUCCAUGUCGAGCCUUCCGUGGGCUCCUGCCUCCAGCAUCGCCCUGCUUCCCACUGACUGUGGGAAACAGCCCAAGUGAGUCACCAACUCCACCUGUUGUGCCUGGCUGCGCCCUCCCGAGAGAGCAGCCCAUCUUCACCACGCGGGCGCACGUCUUCCAGAUCGACCCCAGCACCAAGAAGAACUGGGUGCCGGCGAGCAAGCAGGCGGUCACCGUUUCCUACUUCUACGAUGUCACCAGGAACAGCUAUCGCAUCAUCAGCGUGGACGGAGCCAAGGUGAUCAUCAACAGCACCAUCACGCCCAACAUGACCUUCACCAAGACGUCGCAGAAGUUCGGGCAGUGGGCUGACAGCAGAGCCAACACCGUGUUUGGCCUGGGGUUCUCCUCGGAGCAGCAACUGACGAAGUUUGCAGAGAAGUUCCAGGAGGUGAAAGAAGCUGCCAGGCUGGCCAGAGACAAGUCCCAGGAGAAAAUCGAGACCUCGAGCAACCAUUCCCAGGUGUCCAGCGUCAACGGGACAGACGAUGAAAAGGCCUCUCACGUGGGUCCUGCUGACGCACAGCUUAAGUCUGAGAACGACAAGCUGAAGAUCGCCUUGACACAGAGUGCCGCCAACGUGAAGAAAUGGGAGAUGGAGCUGCAGACCCUGCGGGAGAGCAACGCGCGGCUGACCACGGCGCUGCAGGAGUCGGCCGCCAGCCUGGAGCAGUGGAAGAGGCAGUUCUCCGUCUGCCGCGACGAGAACGACCGGCUCCGGAACAAGAUUGACGAGCUGGAGGAGCAGUGCAGCGAGAUAAACCGGGAGAAGGAGAGGAACACGCAGCUCAAGAGGAGAAUCGAGGAGCUGGAGUCGGAGCUGCGGGAGAAGGAGACGGAAUUGAAAGACCUCCGCAAACAAAGCGAAAUCAUACCUCAGCUCAUGUCGGAGUGUGAAUACGUCUCUGAGAAGUUAGAGGCGGCAGAGAGAGACAAUCAGAACCUGGAGGACAAGGUGCGGUCCCUCAAGACGGACAUCGAGGAGAGUAAGUACCGCCAGCGCCACCUCAAGGUCGAGCUCAAGAGCUUCCUGGAGGUGCUGGACGGCAAGAUCGACGACCUGCACGACUUCCGCCGCGGCCUCUCCAAGCUGGGGUCCGACAACUAG